AUGAGCUCCCACUCGCAAGGACAAGAAAGAGGCAAAGUUCGUACUUCCCUCCAUCUUGACCGUCUCGUUCCAUAUCUCGAAAGUCACAUUUCAGGGUUCAGAAGCCCGGUUCAAAUUGAGCAGUUCAACUUUGGACAAUCCAAUCCGACUUACAUCCUCACCUCACCUUCUGGUCACUAUGUCCUCCGACGUGCCCCUUCUGGUCCUUUGCUCUCCCCUACUGCACAUCGGAUCGAUAGAGAAUACUUGAUCCUGUCCCAUCUGAAUGAGUAUAACGACUCUCUUCCCUGUGAAAAGGAAGAUUUAAGGAUCCCUAUUCCCAAAGUCUAUUGUCUAUGUGUGGACAAGGAAGUGAUUGGGGCCAUGUUCUUCGUUAUGGAGUUUAUAGAGGGAAGAAUAUUCGAAGAUGUUCGUAUGACUUCUCUUUCCCGACAAGAUCGUAAAGAAUGUUGGAGAAGUGCCAUUGAUACUCUUACUCGACUUUCUACCAUCCCGUUAGCCUCACUGAAUCUACCAUCUUCCUUCGCUCCUGAUCCAUUAGAGAAACCCUAUUUCCCACGACAAGUAAGAGCUUGGCUAAAAGUCUCGGAUACUCAGUCAGCAACAUCAUGGCAAGGAGGUACACUGGGUCAGAUUGACUAUACGGGAGAGAUGAAGGAUUGGUUCACCGCUGGGGCGGAACGAAGAGGAGUGCAAGAGAGGAUGAGAGGAGUUGCGAGUCUGGUACAUGGGGAUUUCAAAUGGGAUAACUUGAUUUUCCAUCCCAUCGAGAAUAGGGUGAUCGGCGUCAUAGAUUGGGAACUCUGUACUCUUGGUUCCCCACUUGCAGAUCUAGGUCAUCUUCUACUGCCUUUCUCCUUUCCUCCCAUGACAGAGGAAGAACGAUCCGCACUCACCUCCAACAGUAAGAGAGGGGAUAGUGAUGGGGGUCAACUAUCAGGCUUGUUGAUAGGUCUCGAGGGGCUUUCUACACAAGAGAGUGGUCUGCCCCAGAGAGAAAAUAUAGAAAGGUGGUGGGUAGAAGGGAUGAACAAGUAUUCUGUCGAGCAAGCUCGUGUAAGAGGUGAGGAUGUGGCUCAAGAGAGUCUGUGGGAGUGGCCUAUUCCGUUCAUGGAAUGGGUGCGUUCGUGGAUCCUCUUCCGCCUUGCAGUCAUCGCACAGGGGAUCGCGGCUCGUGCUGCUCUAGGACAAGCGAGUUCCGCUACGGCCACACCGGACAGGGCCAUCUACAACUUUUUCGGACGGAAAGCAUACGAAGCUAGAUUAUCCGCAAAGGAAGCAGCAGUAUCAAAACUAUCAAACAGACGGCAAAAGUUCCGAGAUGGAUCGAAAUUAUGA